ACGACGACGUAUGCUUAUAGAUGGCAGUAGUAUAAAAUUUUUGUGUCCCUUCCACCUUCUUCCAGUCUUUCUUCCCAAGAAAUCCCAAAAGCUUCUCUCACCAAAUUCCCACUCUUCACUCCAAGCACUUGUUCUCCCAAGAGUUGUUAAAUUCCCACACAAUUUUCAAUCUGAUCGAUCACCUCUAAUUCUCGAGCAAACAUGCUGCUUCGUAUACGCAGCAGAGAUGGCCUUGAGCGCGUCACAAUCGACAGCGCAAACAUCACAGUAUCCCAGCUCAAAACCCUAAUCCAAUCCCAGCUUCAAAUCCCCGUUCAAAACCAAACCCUUUCAACUAAUCAAAACCUAUUGUUAGCCAAAUCACCGUCCGAUCUCCAAAAAUUCACCGAUAUGUCUAACUCAAACACGCCCUUAUCUUCUCUCAAUAUCUCCCACGGCUCAAUAAUUUUCUUGUCUUACGAAGGAGAACGCAGCAUCAAGGGCCCUGCUAUCCAGCCGGCCGGAUCUUUCGGCCGCAAGAUGACCAUGGACGACCUGAUUGCCAAACAGAUGCGAGUCACGCGGCAGGAGAAUCCGCAUUGUGACUCUGUCUCUUUCGACCGCGAUUGUGCCGACGCUUUUCAGCAUUACGUCAACGAAUCACUGGCGUUCGCGGUCAAACGCGGGGGAUUCAUGUAUGGAACGGUGUCGGAAGAUAAAAAGGUGGAGGUGAAUUUCAUCUACGAGCCGCCGCAGCAGGGGACAGAGGAGAUGCUUUGUCUGUUGCGUGAUCCGGAGGAGGAGAAAUUGGUGGAUGGCAUUGCUGCUGGAUUGGGGAUGAAGAAAGUAGGGUUUAUUUUCACACAAACGAUAAUGCAGAAUAAAAAGGAUUACACUUUAUCGACCAGGGAGGUUUUGCAGGCCGUUGAGUAUCACGCGGAGAGCAAUAUGGAGGAGUGGGUAACGACGGUGGUUAAGUUGGAGGUGAGUGAGGAUGGAACUGCCGCAAUUCAUUUUGAAGCGUUUCAAAUGAGUGAUAUGUGCGUCAGGUUGUUUAAGGAGGGAUGGUUUGAGACUGAGAUUUCGGAAGGUGAUGAUCCCAAAUUAUCGAAGAUGAAGAAGGAAGUGGUUGUUGGUGUGAAGGAUGUUAAGGAAGUUGAUAAUGAUUUUUUCUUGGUGGUGGUUAAAAUUUUGGAUCACCAGGGCCCUCUUUCAUCUACUUUUCCCAUUGAGAACCGGAACACCCAAUUAACAAUGAGGGCACUUAAGAGUCAUCUGGACCGCUCACCGAAUCUUCCACUAGUCAAGCGAAUUUCAGAUUUUCAUUUGUUGCUAUUUCUGGCAAGGUUUCUUGACCUAAAUUCUGAUGUCCCUGCAUUGACACAAUGUGUGCUGACACAGGCAGCAGUACCAGAAGGUUAUAAGCUCCUAAUUAACUCGAUGGCUGAAACUGCAUGAUAUCAAGAUUGUGAUUUGGCUUUGCUCAGUUGUGCGCAGUUGGUGGCUGUGUGAACAAUUUUAUUGCUUUUCAACACCAUGGGUGAAGGGGCCCUAAGUCUCAUUGAAGUUACAAAUGGUUAUGUGCACCAUCACUUUGACCUUGUGCCAUAAAUUAAACUGUUAUAUUUAUCAAUUGGUCUGCUUUUCA